AACCCCAUUGUUGUUUCUCCUACAUGUGAAGGUAAGCAGCUGAAAAGUUUUAUAAGCGAGGUGAGAAUAUGUGUCCAAACAAUGCGACAUGACUAUAACGCUGCAGACACACAGAAGAAUCAAAAAUAGGCUACCGUUAAAUUCACCGAAUCUUCUGUCUGACUGUGUGCCUCACUUCCACGCCCAACCAGAGCUCUCUCUCUCUCUCUCUCACACACACACACACACACACACUAUCGCAAACACUGAGAUCUGACAUGCUCGUACAACGGGACACACUGAUCGCAGAACGGUGUGCGUUCACAAUGCGCGUGCCUCUGAGCUCGCGUUUGUGUGCAUGUGUGCGUUUGUUUGUGUGAGUCCGUGAUCGACAAAAGAAUCCGCUGCUGCUGCUCCCGGAGGUCCGGAUAACAGCACAUCACAGACAACCGGCCCGUCCGGAACGAGCUCUCUUCUCUUUAACAGAGGAAUCACGAUUCACCGUAACAGCGCGCGAGCAUGGACUAACUGGAGCACGGCGUCGCGCGAGCGUCCUUCCCUCUGUCUCUUCGCUCUGAACCAGAUCGAGAGGAUGAUGAUAAUUAUGAUUAUGAUGAUAGUCUCGUGCGAGUGAAAUCGGACCCUAGCCGCCGCUGUUCGACUCGGACUACCCUCCCUCCCUUUUCUCCUCCUCUCCCUUCUCCCCUGCCCCGGUUUGAUUGUGACAGCUCGGCUCGGGAUGGGGAAGGAGCAGGAGCUGCUGGAGGCGGCGCGCACCGGGAACGUACUGCUGGUGGAGAAACUGCUGAGCGGGAAGCGUGGACUGUUGGGCUCCAGCUCCGGCUCCAUCGCUCUGCCCGGCUUACUCAGCAUAUGGAGAGGACUGAAUGUCAACUGUGCAGACAGCUCAGGAUACACACCUCUGCACCAUGCUGCACUCAAUGGACACAGGGAUGUGGUGCUGAAGCUGUUGCAGUUUGAAGCCUCCACUAAUGUGCCUGACAAUAAAGGAUGCUUCCCUUUGCACCUGGCUGCCUGGAGGGGAGAUGUAGACAUUGUCCGAAUCCUCAUGCACCACGGCCCGUCCCACUGCAGAGUCAAUGAACAGAACCAUGAGAAGGAGACAGCAUUGCACUGUGCGGCUCAGUAUGGCCACUCGGAGGUGGUGUGUGUGCUGCUGCAGGAGCUGACAGACCCGAGCAUGAGAAAUCGGCGUGGUGAAACACCGCUGGACCUGGCAGCACUCUAUGGGCGGCUGCAGGUGGUGCGCAUGCUGCUGAACGCUCACCCCAACCUCAUGAGCCUCAACACACGCCAACAUACGCCUCUGCACCUCGCCGCCCGCAAUGGACAUCACACCACCGUACAGGUGCUGCUGGAGGCUGGCAUGGACGUCAACACAGAGACAGAGAAGGGCAGCGCGCUGCAUGAGGCUGCUUUAUAUGGAAAGAUGGAUGUAGUUCGGCUCCUGCUUGACUCAGGGAUUGAUGUCAACAUUCGAGAUUGUCAUGGGAAAACUGCACUAGAGAUACUAAAAGAACACCCAGCCCAGAAAUCACAACAAAUCACUGCUCUCAUACAAGAAUUUAUGAUGGCUGAGAAUGACAGAGGACAAGUCAAAGAUGAGCCGAUUCGCCAGUGUCCAGUGCCUGCACCUCGGACCUCUAUACCCUCACCUGCUGCCUCCCCGUCACUAAGACACAAAAAUGAAACAGUGACAGGGGAAUUGUCAAAGUUAUUGAAUGACAUAAAGAUGUGCCGGGACAGGGACUACUCCUUUGAGGAGCUUUGCCAGGCCAUUUCGUCACACUCACAGUCCAUGGAGAGCUUCUGCAGUGGCACGCUCUCGGACGAUGAGAGAAAUACCACACUCACGCACAUCACUAAGUGGCCCACUCCUCCGUUGCCUGCAGCGAUGGAGGAAGAAGAGAAAGCUUGUGGCCCUUCAGGCUUGUGGGAAGCACUUACACCCUGCAAUGGCUGCAGAAAUCUGGGCUUUUCACAGGACUCUAAACAUUGUGUGGAGAUCAUCCAGUCUACAUCUCUGGAGGUAUUUUCACCUGAAGAGGAAGACAAUCCAUACGAGUCAGUGACUACGGCUGUCACGCGUAAACCCUGCUCACUGGACAUCCACCUCCUUAACUCCUGUCCCCGCAAUGGCCACUCUUUGAAUGUUUCGGCUGGCGAUGUGGAGCAGCGUAACCAUGGUGAUGACUACAGCAGUCUGACUCCAGACUGUUCCCCUCCCUCUCCUGCUACUGCACUGAAGAACAUUGAGAGAGUUAUCCGCCCCCAGCCCAAACAGCGCACGUCUCUGUCCUCAUCGCAGGAUGUACAGCGGCCUGUACCUAACCAUAGUGGUGAGCCAUCAGAGGUGAGCUCAUCUCUGGGCUAUGCCAGUUUCAGCACCAGUCCACCUGCUAGUCCUCUCAUCAGUCCAGCUAACUAUUCCACCGGGUCAGCUGAGGACUGUCCCCUUGCUGACGAGGAGGUGGAGCAGAGGGAAACAACGCUGAAAGACAAUCGCAGAGAAAGCCGUGUUCCUGAGCAGUUUGCUGGCCUUCUGCACGGCUCAUCUCCAGCCUGCGAGUUCCCGGAUAAUCCCUACCAGCUGUACAGCAAAGUGCACAAAGAUCCUCCACAGAGGCACGGCAACCUGCUGCUCGCACCCAAUCACGCCGCACCAUUCCCUGCCUCGAGGAUCCAGAAAGAACCCAAACCUCAGGUAGUGUACCGCACCAUCUUCCACACUAGGGUCAACCAGACCCCAUCUGUGCAGGGAAAGAACGAAGUGAACAGGAGUGGAGAAGGGGGGAAUAACUGCACAGGGGGCUACGAGGAGAGAGCGUGCACUCUUGGAAGAAUGCGUACCGGAAUGUCCAAGAAUGUGCCGGAACUCCAGCUUUCCCGAAGUCUUUCCAAGUCUGAUUCUAACCUGGUGGUGGCAUCGCCCAUCGAGGAGGAAAAGCGGAAUUCUCGAGGGCAAAACAGUCCCACCAGACUUGAGCGAACUCCCUCCUUCACAGCUGAGUGGGAGGAGAUUGAUAAAAUCAUGAGUUCCAUUGGUGCUGGGAUCGGGACAGAGCUCAAGGAAAAUGAUGAAGACCACACAGGGCCGCGCUGCCCUGUGCAGUCCGUGGGUCAGUGGCUCGACAACAUCGGCCUCGUCCAAUACGAGAACCACUUGCUGGCCAACGGCUUCGACAACGUGCAGUUCAUGGGCAGCAAUGUGGUGGAGGACCAGGACCUGCUAGAGAUCGGGAUUCUAAACUCGGCACACAGACAGCGCCUUCUGCAGGCCAUCCGCCUACUUCCCAGGGUGCGGCCCAUAGGCUAUGAUGGCAAUAACCCCACCUCAGUGGCAGAGUGGCUGGAGUCACUAGAGCUGGGAGACUACACCAAGUCAUUCCUUAUCAAUGGCUACACGUCCAUGGAACUGGUUAAGAAGAUCUGGGAUAUUGAGCUCAUCAAUGUUCUUAAGAUCGGCUUGAUAGGUCACAGAAAAAGAAUUCUCGCAUCACUUGGAGACAGACUUCACGAAGACACUCCACAGAAACCUCCACGAGCGAUUUCCCUCAGGGAGCCCAGCGGGAAUCACACUCCUCCACAGCUCUCUCCGUCUCUAAGUCAGGCUUAUCCCAACGCCGGCUCGCUGGACGUACAGCACCUCAUCAUGCAGGCAGAUGCCAGGCGCCGACGCAAUGACAACUACUUUGAGGAUGUUCCACGAUCCAAACUGGAGAGGCAGAUGGCACAAGUCAGUAUGCAAGGGGAAUGGUGCGAACCAAUCACAUUGCGACCUCCCAAUGAGGCAACAUCCUCCACUCCUGUACAGUACUGGCAGCACCAUCCUGAGAAGCUCAUAUUCCAGUCCUGUGACUAUGAGGCAUAUUAUCUGGGCUCCAUGCUUGUAAAAGAGCUGAGAGGAACAGAGUCUACGCAUGACGCCUGCGCAAAAAUGAGGAAGUCUGCGGAACAAAUGAAGAAGGUCCCUACCAUUGUUCUCUCAGUCUCUUACAAAGGAGUCAAGUUUAUUGAUGCAACAAAUAAGAACAUCAUAGCUGAGCAUGAGAUUAGGAACAUCUCUUGUGCAGCGCAGGAUCCUGAGGAUCUCUCCACAUUUGCCUACAUCACCAAAGACUUGAAGUCCAGUCACCACUACUGCCAUGUGUUUACAGCUUUCGAUGUGAAUCUAGCCUAUGAGAUCAUCCUCACACUGGGCCAGGCUUUUGAGGUGGCCUAUCAGCUGGCUCUACAGGCCAGGAAGGGUGGCCAUGGCUCGUCAACACUGCCUGAGAGUUUCGACAGCAAACCGUCCAAACCCAUCCCUAAACCACGCUCCAAUAUCCGCAAAUCUAUGGAACAGCCUUCAAUGGAGCAGAAGGGUCACGGCAAUGUCCCGUGGAUCGUGGAGCCAGGACAGGAAGCCAAGAGAGGAGUCAACACCAAGUAUGAGACAACUAUUUUCUAAUAUGCACCCACUGUCCGCUCCUGUCUGUGUGUGUGCCUUUCAGAGCACGCCCUCUAGAGGCCCCCCACGGAGCCAUGGGCCCAGUGACCUUUGACUCGCCCGUGUCUCUCCGCCCCGGUCCGGUCCAGCCCGCCCCGUUUUACCGUGGCCUCUGCAUGAUGUCGCUGCCAUGCUCUCUCUCUCUCUCUCUCUCUCUCUCUCUCUCUCUCUCUCUCUCUCUCUCUCUCGACCCCCUUCCCUCAGCCCUCUGGCCAAAACACACCAUUCACUUCGCUCUCAUUCUCCUUCGAAUAUAAAAAAGGGGUUGAUGUGAUGUUUUUUUUUCCCUCCCAUUUUUCCUUUGUCCUCCAUUUAGCACUUUUACCAGACACACAUCCUGACUGCUUGAAUGAGGACUUUAAAUCCAUAAUGCUGCUACAAGCUUGUAACUGCAGUGUAUUUCGGUGGGAGGUGGGGGGGUCCACUUUUGUUCAUCAUCAGGCAGUGUGUGAGGCAGUGAGCCACUGAGACUUAAGGGCAUGAAAAAUGGGAACUGUAAGACUACUACCCUGUAAGGACAGCGUAAAAAUGGAGAUAAGAUUGUGGUUGUUUUUGUUUGUUUUGAUUUGUUUUAUUUUUCUUUUUUUGUUUCCUCCUCUUCCUCCUCCCCCCCCCCAGUGUGGUCUGUAUUGGUCAUCCUGGGGGUUUGUCUUGCUCUAGACCAUUUUUGCAGGUAAAAUUGCAUGUUUGAAGUCAGGGUGAUCCGUUUAGAUCCACUCACCACGAACAGCGUGUUGAAAACCCUCUUAAAAGAAAACGACUUUAAUUGCUUUGCCUUGUUUUUGGUUUGGCUUUGAAUGCAAGCAGCCCGGAAACAGGCCCUUCUGCCCGCAGAGAGCAUGUGUUCUGGCUGUGUUGGACCGGCGAAGGGGGCAUCUGAGAGGCUUGUUUUUUUUUUUCUUUCUUUUCUUUUUUUGUGGACGCUCUGGAUAAGUGAUUUAAUCUCAUUUGCAGGGUAAUGCCGGACUCCCAUGUCUAUUACUGUGGAAAUCAAAGAAUGUAGCCAGCCCCCAACAGGGACCCUCUCACACACACAUUGCAAAAAAGGACAACAAAAUAUGGAGCCUUAUGAGUGGCACUGGACUACAAACAUGGCAGAGCCUCAUGUGACUGAACUUUUCAUAUAAAACUUGUGUGCAAAGGACUACUGGUGUGAACCUCUAGCUUUUCUAUGAAGCACACAUAGGAUCGUACUUCAGUGGACUACAGAAUGGCAGGGAUGUGUUGAGUAUGAAUGCACACUUUGCUUCACUGGGCUCGGGCUCUGUUAUGUGGACUAUGUUGUGUGAGGGAGAAGGUUGGGGGAAAGGCAAGGUACCAUGGGAUAGGACAUAUACCAUGGUUACUCAUUUGACAGACUCAUUUUGCCCAGGUUCAUAGAUCAAAGUAACAACACUGGGGCAAAAAACAGACUUUCUGGUUUGCCAUGUUUUUACUUUUCACUCCUCUUUAAUUUCCCUUCAUUUGGUUUAAUAGUACAUUAUGAAUAUUAUGCACAAUGUGAAUGGAUUUUAUUGCACUGGACAUCCAUGAAAGUGACGUGUGUCUCAUGCCAAAAUCACUACAGAAUUGUUGUUGACAAUGCCAUGCAGAUUAGUAUUCAUACUGGUAAUACAUUUUAAUGUCUACUAUAAUUCUAUAUUGCCAUUAUUCUAAUCCUUAAUUGACUAUGUUAUUAUUAAUUCUUCUUCUUUUAAAUGUGCAAUUCCUGUCUAAUGUUGUCUUGAUGUUAUAUUAUUUUUAUAUGACAUGUUGGGCUUGAGAAGAAUAGCCAUCCUGAAGUAAAAAAAAUACUAUUGUAAAAAAAACGAAACAACAAAAACAAAAAAAAAAAAAACCCUGAGAAUGUGUGAAUGGCUCCACUCAAUUUUGCUUUCAGGUGAAAAGUUCAUCGUUUCUCAUGGGGCUAAUACACAGAUGAUACACGGAUAUUUGAACUAUUUUAACUCAGUGUAACUGUAGAAUUUUUUUGCCACAAUUCUUCUGUACAUAAAUAUUUUCCUCAAUCAUUGUUCAUAUAUGUAAUGUAGUUUAACAUAAAAAAAUGAAUCACAGAAAAAAAGAAAAUAUCACACUGGUUAAUAUAUUACCAAAUUUUAAAGGUCAAAAUGCGAGAUUUCACUGUUGAAAAUAUCAAUAAAUAAAAAAAAACCUUGUGUGAGCAAAGUGGAAUUGCUAACAUACAUGUACAUAGGCUUGGGCUUCCAGCACUCUGAUUUUCUAAGUUUGACCCUUAUUUAUAUUCUGGCAAAGCACAUGGAAUAAAUCAGACUUGUACAACUGUU